UUAAUACUAAAUUUCAUGAUCGAUAUAUACAUGGAAUGUGUAUAAAUAUAAUAAUAACACAACUUAGCAAGUAAGUUUGAAAAUCCCAUAAACCUACAGGAGACACCUUUCAAAAUGGUGUACAACACUAUCUCUUUAUCAGAUAAAGAUUUAGUUAAGGAAGAACCAGUUUUCCUCUCCUCCUCUAGUAACCCUACCCCUAUUGAAACCAUUUAUUUAUCAAAUAUUGACCAAGCAGUAACUUUUCCUGUGGAAACAGUCUUUUUCUUUGAGGUUUCUCCAGAUAAGACCCCUUCAACACUAAACAUUUCUGAAAUGGUUAAAAAAGCAGUGGAAGAAGUGCUUUUGGUUCCAUACUAUUUCAUGGCUGGUAGGCUUAAGCUUAAUGAUGAAACUAAGAGACUGGAGCUUUUAUGUAAUAAUGCUGGAGUUAUGUUUGUGAGUGCAACAUCAAGACUAACACUGAAAGAUCUUGGAAAUCUUUCCCUACCAAAUCCAACUUUUAAUCAUUUAAUUUAUCGCCAGGGGUUGUACAAAAGUCUUGAUGAAACUGCAAUUUUUACUAUCCAGGUAACCAGGUUUGAAUGUGGUGGAUUUUCACUGGCGCUUAUGACAAAUCAUGCAAUUCUUGAUGGAAAAUCGGCUAGCGAAAUGUUUCAUAAUCUUGCCUCUUUAUGCAGAGGGGAAGGCCUAAUAUCUAAUGUUGUUAACAAUGAUAGAACAUGCCUUAGAGCAAGAACUCCACCUCAGAUCGAUUAUCCUCAUAAUGAAUACAUAAAACUUGUGAAAACUUCGUAUCUUGCCUCGUCUUUCACCUCACAAAACCGUACAUCUCCAUCUCCACUGAUUUUCUCAGAAAACUAUGUUCACAAACUCUUCUCCUUCACUUCACAAAUGAUCAUUUCUCUCAAAGAGAAGGCCAUGGUAAAGUGUUCCACAUUUGAAGUAAUUGUAGCUCACCUUUGGAGGGCAAGAACAAAGGCAGUUUUUGAGAACAAACAAUCGGAAGAUUCAACUGCUCUUUUUGCAGUGGACAUAAGGUCUAAAAUAUCUCCACCUUUACCAGAAGGGUUUGCUGGAAAUGCUGUAAUCACAGCCUUUGCCACUGCAAAAGCGCGGGAUUUAAUCUAUAAGCCAGUUUCUUUCGGGGUUAAGAAGGUAAAGGAAGCAAGGGAAGGUGUGACAGAUGUUUAUAUAAAAUCAGUAAUAGAUUGGUUGGAGGUUUACAAAGGAAUUCCAGCAACUUGUAAUGGGAAUUUUUAUGUUUCAGCUUGGUGGAAACUGCCAUUUGGAGAGCUUGAUUUUGGCUUUGGGAAGCCUAUUCACGGUGGUCCAAUUGUUAGUGGGAAUGAUGAGUUUGUCCUUCUUCUCUCUAAUGGGAAGCAUUGUGACAUAAAUGGAGGGAUUGAUGUGUGGAUGGGGCUUGAAAAACAAAAAAUGGAAAGGUUUAUGUCUUAUAUUUUUGAAAUAUGAAA